AUGGAAAUCAAUAAACAAACCAUCAAACCAUCUCGUGGUCCAACUCUGCCUCGUGCCCCACUACAUGCAAUGACCAAUCGAACCUCUCAGAAGGGCAGGACACCAAGCGAUCAAAUAGCACAAUCUUCCAUAUUGAAUACAAAAAGCAGGGAGACACCAGUAACUUCUGUCAAACGCCGUAUAAGUGGUGGAAGUGCAAAGCCAAUCCCAUCCCGAUCCACAGCUGGGCGAUCCGUAUCAGCUCACAAUCAAGGCUCAGGCGUAAAGCGUAUCGUUGGAGAUGGACGAAUGGAUGCAAUCGAGACUCAGCUGGCAUCCAUGCAAAGUCUUUUUGAUCUGGAGAGGAGGAGGACGGAGGACAUACUCAUUCGUGAACAGACAGAAAGAAGGCAACAAGAAGACAAAGUUCGACAAUUGGAAGAAGAUCUAAUGGAACAACGUAGAGCUGCAUUGUUAUCGGCAGAAAGAAAUUCUCGCAGCCUGGCUGAUGAUGAGCUGGAUGACUUGCUUCGAAAACACCAAAAGGAAAAGCGAGAAUUGCAAGAUGAAAUAGACCGUGAACGAAUGACAGUGAAUUCACUAAAAUCAGCAUUAGAACAGCGAUCAACUGCCCACUUGACCAUGGACUCCACGAACGUGGCACUCAGAGCGCAAAUUGAUACAUUGAAGAGCAGGAUUGAAGAGAUGGAAGAGGAGAAAAAUGAAGUUCUAUCACACACGUCCAUGAUCCGAGAGGAGAAUGAAAGAUUGCAGGCCAGCUUACGGGACGCAGAGUCUCUCCGUAGAAAGUUGCACAAUGAAGUACAAGAAUUAAGAGGAAACAUUCGCGUAUUUGUUCGAGUGCGACCGCCGAUCUCUGCGGGAAAGGUGGGAUUCUCUCACCCUGUUCCUGAAGCAUCUAUACGCUAUACAGACGAUCUGGAGUCAAAGAGGAUUGAGCUUGCAACAAAUGCAGAAUCUGCCAUGGGCACGGCAACAAUGCGCUCGCAUGCGUUUGAGUUUGAUCGAGUAUUCCGACCUGAUGCCUCUCAAGCAGAUGUUUUUGCCGAAGUUGAGCAUCUAAUCCAGAGCGUCCUGGACGGCUAUAAUACUUGCAUCUUUGCUUAUGGUCAAACUGGGUCUGGUAAAACAUUCACGCUCGAGGGUCCCAAUCUACCCGACGCAGACGCUUUGACGGAAGCCAAUUUUGCCAAUGAUGAAGGUUUGAUCCCAAGAGCAGUCUCUAUGCUAUGGAAAACAGCCAAUGACUUGCAGAGUAAGGGAUGGCAGUAUUCAUUCGAAGGGCAAAUGCUUGAAAUCUAUAACGAGGGUAUCAAUGACUUGUUAGGAAAAGCUGAGGUCGACAAAGCUAAGCACGAGAUCCGACAUGAAAAAGGUCGUACAUUCGUCUCUGAUACGGUUACAGUUCAGCUUCAAUCACCUAAAGAGCUUUUCACACUUUUAUCUCGAGCCAAAAGACGUAGACAAGUUGCUGCCACGCUGAUGAAUGAACGAUCGUCUCGAUCACAUUGUGUCUUUACAUUGCGCGUCGUAGGUCGCAAUCUGGAGACUUUGGAAAGCAGUGAUGCAGUAUUAAACUUGGUCGACUUGGCUGGUUCUGAAAGAUUGAACAAUAGCGGAAGCGGCAAAGAUGCUGCAAGAUUAAAAGAAGCGCAAAAUAUUAACAAGAGUUUAUCAAGUUUAGCCGAUGUGAUCACAGCUUUAGGUGGACAGGCUAAAUCAUCAAAUGGAACAACGCCUUCUACAACCGUUACCAAUUCAGCUGCACAUAUACCUUAUCGCAAUUCAACCUUGACUUGGUUAUUGAAGAACAGUCUAGGAGGAAAUUCGAAAACACUCAUGUUAUUGGCUCUUUCUCCAUUAUUGGAACAUCAAAGUGAAUCUUUGUGCUCUUUGCGCUUUGCGAGCAAGGUGAACAGUACGGUGAUUGGCACUGCUCGUCGUGUACGGGCUGCUUGA